CAUUCUAAAAAGGAUGAAUGCAGUUCAGAAACAGAUUUGGAGUCAUCUUGUGAAGAAACAGAAAGUAAAACAUCUGAUAUCUCAUCACCAAUAGGCAGCCAUAGAGAAGAAGGAGAAGGAAGAGAGGGGAGAGGUAGCAGGCGAACUGUUGCUAAAGGAAACCUGUGCUAUAUUUUGAAUAAAUACCAUAAACCAUUCCAUUGUAUCCAUAAAACUUGCAAUUCUUCAUUCACUAAUCUAAAAGGCUUAAUUCGCCAUUACAGAACUGUACAUCAGUACAACAAAGAACAAUUAUGUUUAGAAAAAGACAAAGCAAGAACCAAAAGGGAACUUGUAAAAUGUAAAAAGAUAUUUGCUUGCAAAUAUAAGGAAUGUAACAAACGUUUCCUGUGUUCCAAAGCUCUUGCUAAGCACUGUAGUGACUCUCAUAACCUAGACCAUAUUGAAGAGCCUAAAGUACUUUCUGAAACUGAAUCUGUAGCAAGAUUUUCCUGUAACCAGCCUCAAUGCCCUGCUGUUUUUUAUACAUUCAGCAAAUUGAAACACCACUUGAUGGAACAACAUAACAUUGAAGGAGAAAUACAUUCAGAUUAUGAAAUUCAUUGUGAUCUUAAUGGCUGUGGCCAGAUUUUCACCCAUCGCAGUAAUUACUCACAACAUGUAUAUUACAGACAUAAAGACUAUUAUGAUGAUCUAUUCAGAAGCCAAAAAGUAGCAAAUGAAAAGCUACUAAGAAGUGAAAAGGUAUGUCAAACAGCUCACACACAGGGACACGAACAUCAGACUACCAGGAGGUCAUUUAAUGCUAAAUCUAAAAAAUGUGGUUUAAUCAAAGAAAAGAAAGCUCCAAUUAGUUUUAAAACAAGAGCUGAAGCCCUCCAUAUGUGUGUAGAACAGUCUGAGCACACACAGUACCCCUGCAUGGUUCAGGGAUGUUUAUCUGUGGUAAAAUUGGAGAGCAGCAUAGUGAGGCAUUACAAACGUACUCAUCAGAUGAGCAGUGCCUAUUUAGAGCAACAGAUGGAAAACCUUGUUGUUUGUGUUAAGUACGGUACCAAAAUAAAGGAGGAGCCUCCUUCUGAAGCAGAGCUCUGUAUAAAGAAAGAAGAAAAUAUAAGCUGUGAAUCAGAGCACAUGAAGCACAGCCAUUCCCUGGGUGACAGUAAGGCACCCCUCCAGAACACUGAUUCUUCUCAUCCAGGUGAAAGGGAUAGUGGUCAGAAAGGGUGUGCAGAAAGCAACCCAGCAUUUGAUACAGAUGCUCUGCUCUACAGAGGAACUUUGAAAUGUAACCAUAGUUCAGAAACCACUUCUCUGGAACAAUGUAAUAUAGUUCAGUCUCCUCCUUGUAAAAUAGAAAAUUCCAUAUCUAAUCCCAGUGGGACUGAAAGUGGGACUUAUUUCCCAAGUUUCCAGCUG